GGCGGACUGUACACCGAAAACAACGUGUGCCGUAAACAAUCGACAACUGUCGCAUAGAUUAGCCCAAACGCCUCUCUGUUGCAUCGUUGAGGCAUUGAAUUGUAAUUGGAAGCUCUGCUGCAGAAAACUAAUAUGUCAGAGGAGGAGGAUUUACCGACUGGAUGGGAGAAGAGAAUGAGCCGUAGUUCAGGCAAGGUUUACUACUUUAAUCACAUCACCAAUGCCAGCCAGUGGGAACGUCCAGUGGGAGACGGCCGUGGAGAGCCAGAUAAGGUCCGCUGCUCUCACCUCCUGGUGAAACAUAAUCAGUCGCGUCGUCCAUCUUCUUGGCGGGAACAAAAUAUUACACGAACUAAAGAUGAGGCCUUGGAGUUCAUUCAGAAGUACAUAGAACAGAUCAAGUCUGGACAUGAAUCGUUUGAGUCCUUAGCUUCACAGUUCAGCGACUGCAGCUCAGCCAAGAACGGUGGUGAUCUCGGACUGUUUGGCAGAGGUCAGAUGCAGAAACCUUUUGAAGACGCCUCCUUUGCUCUGAAAGUGGGAGACAUGAGUGGUCCUGUUUUUACCGACUCUGGAGUCCACAUCAUCUUACGCACGGGCUGAAUGCAACACACACACACAGCACCACCUUCUGCUCUUAGAAUGACAGAAAAACAAAGGAUAAUUAAAUGACACUGAAAUGCAAUGAGCGUUUCAGAUAUUCCUGAUUACUUCAAGCUUUUAAUAACCAGAAAACGGCCGGCAUAUAUGAACAUUAUUGCCUGUUGUAAUAAAUGCCCUCCAGAAACACUCAGCAAAAAUGAGCUAAAGCAAAAUGCUAGAAUCGGGUCGUGCAUGUCAGAGUGUUAUGUUUUUCUGUAACAGGUUUCAUUCCUGCUGUUGGUGUGUGCCUAAGCAGUAAUCUAAUCUGUUUUUGUUUCUUUGGUUCUGUUUAGAAGGUUUUAAAGACAGUUAGGGUGAACAAAGUGUUAUUUUACAUUCUUUACUCUCAUCACAUGACUUUUUAGUUAAACUUUGUUUUCGGCAGAGAUUCAGAAAUCUUCAUUUCUUUUUUUGGGUUGAUAAUGUGCAUGGUCUGUUCCCCCCGGACUUAUCAAAAGCUUGCAGGUUUUAGCGUAAAGUAAAGGCUUUUAUAGCUUUAAUGCUCAGAUGAACUGUUACCACUGUUGUCAUUGGGGAAUACAAAUAAAAAAUAAUAAAAAAUCUGUUUCAUUUUUA